GACAUUUGUUUAAUUGUUUCUAUUUGGCCAGCUCAUUCACCUCCCCUUUCCCCCCACCCCUCAAAUACAACACAACUCCAGCACCAAACCCUCUCUCUCUCUCUCUCAACGUAUUCUCCACCAGAUCUCCUUCUUUCGGAAAACUUAAUAAGGAGAACCGUGUUUGGUGCGUGCGUGCGUGUGUCUUUGUUUGAUAACGUCUGGGUGAGGGGGACCUUGUUAGAGAGAGAGAAAAUGGAGAAUGAAGUAGAAAGAGAGAGUGGGUCGAUUAUAUUUAGCGAGGAGGAGUUGAUAGAGGUAAGUGGAUUGAAGAAAGGAAGAGAUUUUAUAGAAGUGACAUGUGGGUGUACCAGUCAUAGAUAUGGUGAUGCCGUUGGCAGGCUUAGGGUUUUCUCUAAUGGUGACCUCGAAAUCACCUGUGAAUGCACCCCUGGUUGCAAUGAAGACAAGUUGACUCCUGCUGCGUUUGAGAAGCAUUCUGGAAGGGAGACUGCUAGAAAGUGGAAAAAUAAUGUUUGGGUGAUAGUUAAUGGGGAGAAGGUGUCAUUAUCUAAGACUGCAUUGCUGAAAUACUACAAUCAAGCAUCUAAAAAUGCCAAUGGUACUAACAGAUCCCAUAAUGGAAGAGUUUGUCAUCGUGAUGAGUUCGUUCGCUGUAGCAGGUGUAACAAGGAGAGAAGAUUUCGAAUGCGGACGAAGGAGGAAUGUCGGAUUCACCAUGAUGCUUUAGCGGAUGUGAACUGGAAAUGUUCGGAUCUUCCAUAUGACAGAAUAACAUGCGGCGAUGAAGAAGAACGAGCAAGCCGCAGGGUAUACAGGGGCUGCACCCGGUCUCCGACAUGCAAGGGUUGCACGUCCUGCGUGUGCUUCGGGUGCGAAAUCUGUAGGUUCAGUGAUUGCAGUUGCCAAAUUUGUAUUGACUUCACCAGGAAUGCCAAAGCUUGAAUCAACUUUUAGAGG